ACAAUUCAACUGAUGGCCAACAUGUCCAUCAAUCUGUCGGCUCCAGGCUUUGAUGUCAAUGGUCAGGUCUGGUUCCUUGCAAAAGCCGCUUUUUGCACGACCUGCCAGGCAAGCAGGCGCCAAGGCACCAACUCUCUUCACGAAGGAUUUCCGGUCGUGGUUUUGGUCCGAGAACGCUGACGGCUGGCAGCGCAAUAGAGCCCUCUGGAAUCACAAGGCAGAUCGGACGCUUGGUGAGGGGGGGGGGGGAAGACAGAUAAGGCUCGCUCGAAGAGUGCGGCAGGCACUACAUCAUUCAAUGGGAGGCAGGCCAUCUUGUUCACAAAGCGGAAGCAGCAAAUUUUGGUUGGUGACAAGUUCUACAACAACCCUCGAACUUGAUGUAAGUACGGCAUUUUGAUGAUAUUUUCAAAAACAGACUCACUUGUUUUCGACAGACUUAUCUUCUAUUGUCAAGUGAGCAAGGACAAUAACUUGAUGAAUUUCACAAAGGAUAUUUGAGGCAGGAUCUCCAAAACCAGGCGGAUCGAUCUCGUACUUUGAGAUUCGCUGUGAGGCAUCCAACAGUAAUGGGAGGACAUCUGCUUCUUUGCGGCAUCCUACGGUAAAGGGAGGAGACGUUCAAACAGCUGGACGGUUUGGCCGCAUGCCAGUUUUUGUGGAGUGUCAAAAAUAGGAUUGAAGUGUCGCUGAGGGACGAGAAGGCAAAUACUGUUUAGACUGCAGGCAGGCAGGCAGGCAGUGGCUGCAGGCGGGAGGCUGGCUGCCGGGUUGUUUAGAAGGAAGAGAGAAGGCGAAGUCCUUUCCAAGGCGGCUGGAAGGAGUUUGAUUUUGUAUGCUGGGAGUUUAUGGAAUGAGCGAAUGGAGCGUACUAGGUACUUGCCAUGCUAGCAACGGAAAACUAUGGCGCGAGCGAUGAGAGUUAUGUGUACAGAUCGAGUCCAUGCCGGAGGUAUAGGAAGCUGAUAUAAUUGUACUCGUUCCAACUCUAAUUGUAGUGGUUGGCAACAAAUAACUUGUAUAUGGAAAUGCUCUUUUUUUUGUGUUUUUUUACCGAAACAGGUUUCUUUAAUAGUUAAGCGUAUAUUUCAUGAGCCAUGUCAUCAACAAGAUGAUGAACACAAUUGCAGCAGUACGGAGUCAGAAUGAAUGUGGUUCUGCAGUGUAGGGUUUGAAGUCUUUGAUUCUUUCG